UUACCUUCCAACCGGUGCAGACGUGGUGGCUCUGGGCGAUACCGGCGCUCCCAUUGACGUGGAAUCGAAUCGAAUGACAAGAUACUAGAGACCUAACUCUGAGCUGCCUGCAUCUACCUAAUCAUACUACCUCAUUAUUAACUGACUUCCACACAUCAACAUGAAGAAUCUCUACCGAAAAUCCUUCGUAUUAGUUUUCUUGACAUUGACUCACCAUUAUACAGCUGUUCUUGCAGUCACGUUGGAGAGAGCUAAGAUUCAGGUAGCCCUGGAGAAAAUAUGUGACAUGGUCUUGGAGGGUCCAGGAAGCCGUGAUGGAUUCGUUGAUUUUUCAUCGCCACAACAAGAAAUGUGUCUAAGCAUGAAUAUCUCCAAUAAUCUCUCAAGGAACUACGCCAUAAAAUGCUUUUAUGGAAGUCAUGCGAAGCCUGUCUACAACUGCUCAUCUACCACCACAUGCCAUGGUGAAGGAAUCCUCAAGAGUAAUACCUACCCUUCUAAUUACUAUCCUUGUACUGGUCUCCCACUUACCAACAUAAACAGUGAUCAUCUAGGCAAUUACACCUGCCACCUGAAUGCCUUCGGCCAAAGUUGUACGGCAACAUACAGCUUACAGAAUCAUCCUGGCAGUGAUCAUGCAGUAGAUCCUGAGAGGAAGUCUCCCAUCAGCUCCCAUCAACCAUCUUCAUCACAAUCAACACUGGUAUGCCUACUGGGUGUCAUGAUUGCUUGGCAGAUACAAGAUAUGGUAAUUAAAAGAUCAAAACACAAUUCACAAACACCGCUAGCUUGUAGCAGAGAAGAGGAACUAACUGGACACGUAUGAAGUACGAAUGCUGGGAUAGUGGUGUGUGUGUGUGGGGGGGGAGGGUCUCCACCGCUGAUCCACAACAAGGCCGCUGCUUGAGGAAAAGGAAACUUUUUCCCCUCCCCCAAACUGAAAGGUGUUAAAUUAAUUUUACGAAGUACUAAAUAAAAUUGUGCCGCAAUUCUUCAAUCAUGCUAUACCCAAAUCGUGCCAAAUAAACUCGUGUUAAAUGACGGUCUACUGUAUAAUAAUAUUAGAAGAAUUAACCCAGGAUAGCCCAAGAAAUUCAUACAAUGAGACUUAUUUCCAUAUUUUGAGAAGUAUUACACCUUGAAACAAUUGUAAUACAGGUAUUCCUUGUACACAGCAUUAGAAGACCACAGCAGUAAAAAAAAUAGAAGAAAAAAUUAUUUACACUAAUUUAUACUGUAUAUUCCAAGCAAAGCAAUAUCAUGCUAUGCAUUUUCCCAUGUUUAAAUACUAAAACAUCUUGAAAUGCAUCAAACUUCAUGAGAAACUAAUGUACAUAGUUUUUUAAGAUAUUAAAAACAAUAAAAAAGUGAAAAACAAUCUAGUAUAGUACAUGUACUAUGUUUCUCUAGUCUUAUUCGACUAAACUGUCAGUAAUAUGUGCUCAUCCAUAUCAGGCCCCUCUGACCAAUAGUGUAUGUCAUGUGAUUUUCCCUUCUACCAGCAGGGCUAGGGCCCCCAGUAUCACUUCAAAACAGACUAGGCUCAGAGGCAGACAUGAUAAAGGCUGGGCCUCACCUUCUUCUGCCAAUAUACCAUAACAAACUACCUUUGUUUUGCAUGGAGGAAGCUGUGCUAUUUACCUCACCUCAUUAUAGUGACUCCAACACAUCAUCAUCUUAAUCAGAUUUUUAUUUUUCACUUUAUUUGAAUCUUUUACUAUAUACAGUGGACCCCCGGCAUACGAUGGGAUCACCUUACGUUAAAUCCGGCAUAUGAUACAUUUUAAUGCAAAAAUUUUUCCUCGCCUCACGUGAUUCGUCCAGGAUGCGUCCCAUGUGUGGCCUCAGCACCAGUGUUCACAAGCCAGCCAGUGCGGUUGCAUCUACGCAUACAUUCGGUACAUUUCACAUUAUCCCAGUGUUUUUAGUGCUUGUAACUAUAAAAUAAGUCACCAUGGACCCCAAGAAAGCUUCUAGUGCCAUCCCUGUGGCAAAAAGGGUGAGAAUUAAUAUGGAAUUGAAAAAAAGAGAUUAAGGAAAUGUGUGCAAAGUGGCUUGAAGUGCAAACCUUUAUGGAUGAAAAUCACCCUCUCACAGCUAUUGCAAGCCGUGCUGGUGGCUAUUACAAUGACAAUGUUGUGAACCACUUUAGACAAAUCAUAAAGGAACGAGAGGUACACAGUUCUCUGGACAGAUAUGUUGUGCGACAGAGGUCCAGUGACUCUCAAGCUGGUCCUAGUGGCAUUAAAAGAAGAAGGGAAGUAACCCCAGAAAAGGACUUGAUACCUUAAGUCCUAAUGGAAGGGGAUUCCCCUUCUAAACAAUAAGUUCGACACUCUCCCCUCCUCCCAUCCCAUCAAUCAUCACCAGAUCUUCAUUAAAGGUAAGUGUCAUGUAUUCUAUUGUUACUAGAGUACUACUAACUGUGCAUGUCUUCUUCAGUUUGUGUGCAUUAAACUUAAUAUUUCAUGUGGUAUAACUUUUUUUUUUCAUACUUUUGGGUGUCUUGCAAGGAUUAAUUUGAUUUCCAUUAUUUCUAACGGGGAAAAUUAAUUCGCCUUACGAUAAAUUCGGCAUACGAUGAGCUCUCAGGAACGGAUUAAUAUUGUAUGCCGGGGUCCACUGUAUAUCUAUUAAGCUAAGAUUAGUAACAGAAACAUACCACCAACACCCAGUACAGUACUUAAAUUCUCAAUUGGUGUUCUAUUGUCCCUCAACAAUUAGGGUACACUUAUACAUGAGAUGCAUUAAAAAAGUAUUUUCUAUCAAAAGGUCAGGGGAUGACUUACAUACAACUUUAUGAUAUACAGUGGACCCCCGCAUAACGAUUACCUCCGAAUGCGACCAAUUAUGUAAGUGUAUUUAUGUAAGUGCAUUUGUACAUGUAUGUUUGGGGGUCUGAAAUGGACUAAUCUACUUCACAAUAUUUCUUAUGGGAACAAAUUCGGUCAGUACUGGCACCUGAACAUACUUCUGGAGUGAAAAAAUAUCGUUAACCGGGGGUCCACUGUACUUGAGUAUAUAUAGUACUCAAAAUUCUAAUGUGUUGAACUGGACUCUUGAAUAUCCAGAUGAACCCCUAUCCUCUUCAUCAUGGAUAAUCAAGUGUACACAGAACUUGUAUGCUAUUGUAUACAGGAAUUUUUUUUUAUAUUAGGAAAUGGCUGGUCCCAAUCCUUCUGAAUAUUUUGAGUGGCAAUGUAUUUAUUUUUUCAUUUUUAAUCAACUGCACUCAUGUAUGAUAUUAAAAUAUUCACACUAACUUGUUCUAUCAACUAGCUAAUAAUUUUUUUUUCUGCAAAAACUCAAUGUGAUUAACCAAAGUGUUGAUUAUCUGGACAACCCCAACCCCCAUUUGGUCGGAAAAUUUAUCAAUUUCUGUUUUAACUUAGGAGCUAGUUAACUUUCCAAUCUGAUAUAUGUGUAGUCAGAUUAGUUUAAUAGCACCACACCUGUCUGUUUCUUGACUAUACCAUUAUUAUGGUAAGAAUAUCAUCUUUAAGAUACAGUAUUUAAUAUGAAAUAAGUUUGUUUUUCCUGCCCUUUAGUGUUAAAUUCACACUGACCAAAGGAUCAUGCACUGAUCAUCGGAUACGGCUAACCAAAUCAUGCGCCGAUCACCCGAAUGAGCCAACCAACACCUACCAAAGUUACUGGAUCAUGCACUGAUCACCAGAUAGUUCCAACCAACACCUACUGGAUCAUGCGCUGAUUACCAGAUAAGUCAGACCAACAUCUACUGGAUCAUUCGCUGAUUACCAGAUAAGGCAGACCAACACCUACUGGAUCAUGUGCUGAUUACCAGAUAAGUCAGCCCAACAUCUACUAGAUCAAGUGCUGAUCACCAGAGAGAAAAAACCAACGCCUAUUGAAUCUUGCAUUGAUCACCAGAAAUGGCUAACGAAUGCUUACUAAGUGAUUUGUUGAUCACCAGAGGGCCAAACAACUCCUACUCUACAGAAAGAUUACUAUAACAUACUACAAAAUCAAAAAGGAUGAAGUGUGAUUUGGAACUCUUUUAAAAAGGCAAGUGCUGUAUUAUUACUCCAAAGUUCUUAAAGUUUAAAGUUUACUCGCCUAGAUUUUACAGUACUUCUGUAUACAGAUCUUGGGUUUUAUGCUUCUUGAUUCUGAAAUUAGGAAUAUAAAAUUAAGCUAAGAGUGGUUUUAAGUAAGUUUUCAUACAUAAUUUUUCAAAUUCAAGUACUGUAUAGUGUACUUGGUAAACAUAAAGGCAUAGUACCAUGACUGAAACAAUACACAAAUAACCCGAACAUAGGAGAGAGAAGCUUAUGAUGUUGUUUUGGUUCAAUCUGGACCAUUUACAAGUCACACUAACACAUGAGGGUGAGGGAGCCAGUAUAUAUAUAGGAAAGGGGGACAGGGGAUGAGACAAAGAGAGGAAGAAAGAAGUAGAGAAGUAGUGGUAGAGGUAAUGCUGGUAGUAGUAGUAGUGGUAGAAUUAAGUAGGGGAUAUAGUUUUAGUGGCACAAGAGACAGAAAGGGGUGAGUAACAUAUGUAAGCUGAUACUGGGCUUGGUUGAUCACACUGACCAAAUUUAUACCAUAUAAUAACAAAUUACUAUUGGAAAUAAGGUGACCACAUAAUAGCGAAUUUGCAUCAACUGAGAGGAAUCUGUACUGUAAAAUGCUGUAUUUGAAAAGGAGAAACAAAUAAAGGAAGCCUGACGAGAUGGCAGGUUCUAAUACAAGUGUAGUAGAAAUUGAGUAAAAAGUGCUAAUACUCACCCAGUUGUGUCAACUAGGGUUGAGAUCUAGUUCUGGGGCCCUAUAUUUACUCUCAGAUUAAUUCAUGUGGUUUAAUCUCUGCCCUUGAGAGUUGUCAAACAAUAUCUAUUUUUGAAUCCAUGUAUAGUGUUAGCCCCAAAUGAACUGCCUAAUGUAUUCCAUUUGGUCACUAGUCUCACUAAUUCUUUCUUAUAUGUAUGUUAUGGCUUCAACCCCCUCCCCAUUCUCUAAUUUUUUCAUAUUUACACAAUGGUUUUAUAGGUUAAGGUUAUGAGUUCCUACCUUUAUUUAUAUGCUAAGAGCUGUUAAUUCAUUUCAAAGCCUUUUUAUUGUUAUGAGACACAAAUAGGGAAUAGGAUGAAGUUAGAGCCAUCUCUGGGCCAGCAAUUUCACUUGAUCAACUGACUUUAUUUCGUUGAUGUCACUGUGCCCUACGAACAUGUUCCAGACUUAGGUCAUUCUAGGAAUGAAUGAUCUCAAAUGAAGCAAUAUUCUUGAAAAGGGUACAACUGCAGUGCAGUUGCUGUUUGCUGCCUGUCUUGUUGUGUAGAAGCUAUAGUAUCGCUGACCACAAAGUGGAGCGAGGUGUGGUAACCUAAAAAUUGGCCUUGUACAUAACAGUAAGGCAACCAGCAUCUUUCCAGUGUUAAAGGCUCUGAUGAAAUGACGGGUCUAUUCAGGCCGAGUUCAGAUGAGAGAUUAGUCGUCUUGCUUUAUUCUCUAUAUUCUGUCAAAAAAGUCAUAGUGAGACAGGAGUUAGGCAAUCCAAUAAAAUGGACCAUACUCAAGGUGUGAGUGCACUCGUGUCUUGCACAAAGUCUUGCAGCCUCGACUGUCAUGCAGAUGUGAUAUAUGUCUAAAGUGAUGCAAGUUUCCUGGCCACCUCAUUUAUGAGAUUCACUACGUGUUCUUCAUAGUCAGUCUGAAAUCAAAUUUUACCCCAAAGAUAUCAACCCCCCCAUUCCUCUCUCUCUAUUCUGUUCCACCUUCCUUCUCUCUCUCUCUCUAUUCUGUUCCACCUUCCUUCUCUCUCUCUCUUCUCCUGUUCCUCCUUCCCUCUCUCAUUCUG